AUGGCGUUGAGCCGACCAAUCGGCUCCAUCCACCGCGCCCACGUGACCAUUAGCAUUGCGAAGUCGGUGAAUGUCGAUUCGUAUGGUCGACGUGCGAACGAGGAGUUGUUGGACUCCGGCCCGGUGAAUCCGACAAAUCGAGUUAUCGAGAAGAGAAGUCACCAGGUACCGCGUCAGGUCGACCAGGAGGGCCGUCGACGAAUCGAGUUAGCGAAAACAGAAAAUGCUGGGUGUUCUGAAGCGCCGUUGGAAGCCCAAAAGGUAAGCGAGCGAGAUGCUAAAAAUAGUCGCGCACGGCAGCCUUGUUAG